AUGGCACACUGCUUUCCAAUCUCGUCUCCUAAGAGAACUCUGUCUUCUCUCAAAUCCGUCCCAUCUUCUCCUUCGCCUUCUCCCCUCCCUCCUAUCUCAUCAUCCCCAAAGAGAACUCUGUCUUCUCCCCAAUCCUUCCCAUCUUCUUCAUCUCCUUCUCCCCUCCCUCCUAACAGCCAGCCAAAGGAGCAAGACCCUGUAACAAACAAAAUGGCACACUGCUCGCCAAUCUCAUCCCCAAAGAGGACUCUGUCUUCUCUCAAAUCCGUCCCAUCUUCUCCUUCGCCUUCUCCUCUCCCUCCUAUCUCAUCAUCCCCAAAGAGAACUCUGUCUUCUCCCCAAUCAUUCCCAUCUUCUUCAUCUCCUUCCCCCCUCCCACCUUCUCCUCUCCACAGAACUUUCUCUGCAUCCAUGAUGGAGGAAGACAUUCAAAAUGCUGCAUCAAUCAUAUCCAGGUGGGAUAUUGAAAAUUCCUCUUCAGCGCCUAAAUUUUCUUCCCUUUUCCACCACGACAGAAGGAAGGAGGCCAAGGAGUUCCUGAAAUCAAUCAACGACCUCCGUCAGUCCAUUCGUUUGCUUAAGUCUCAGUAUCCUGAUACCGCGAAGCUUAUUGUUCACUGUCAGAAACUGAUACAGAUGGCCAUGACGAGGCUGGAGAAAGAGUUCCACCAUAUUCUGUCAACACUUCAUGAUCAGCUUCAUCCCGAGUAUCUGAGCCAUUAUUCUGCAGAAGAGGAAAAGCCAAGAGCAGGUCAUGAGGAGUCGGUCCUAAUUCUAAACCACUGGAGAAUUCCAAAAGCUGCCAUGUCUGAUCUGAAGUCAAUUGCUGCUUCCAUGACGAGUGCUGGGUAUGCGAAAGAGUGUCUCGAAACUUACAUACUCGUCCGAAGAUCCAUUGUGGACAAGAGACUGUUCUUCUUGCUCGGAGUUGAACACUUCCACAACCCUUUCCAAGUCGAGAGAUUGAAUCCAGAAGCUCUUGACAGUAUGAUCAAGAACUGGCUGAAUGCUGCUAGUGUUGCUGUCAAAACACUGUUCACAGGGGAGAAAAAUCUCUGCGACCAUGUGUUCUCGGCAUCUGAGAGAACCCGAGAGCUAUGCUUCUCUGAGGUGGUUAAAGAAGCUGCAGCCAAUUUGUUCAGGUUUCCUGAACUCGUGAUUAGGAACAAGAACUUAAAGGAUGACAAGAUUUUCUUGCUAAUGGAUCUCCAUGAAGCACUGUUUGAUCUUUGGCCUGAAAUAGAAUCCAUGUUCGGUGGUGGUUCAACCUCCAAUGUCAAACGGAAAGCUCAUUCAUCGCUUCUCAGGCUUGGUGAGUCAGUUCGUCAGACUCUAUCCGAGUUUGAAUCUACCCUCCAAAGGGAGUAUUCAUCAAAAGAUAUAGUUCCUGGUGGUGGGAUUCAUCCCCUGACCAGAUCAGUCAUGGAUUACUUGUCAGCCCUGGCAGAUUACAGUGGCAUUCUCGCAGACAUUAUUGUUGAUUCUCUCCCAGAGAGCAAUGCGAAGCUACCUGAAUCUUACUUUGAGAGCCCAACCAGCUCCUUUGAUGGUGGGCCCUCACCAGCUCUAUCAGCCCGACUAGCUUGGUUAAUACUGGUUCUCUUAUGCAAGCUUGACAUGAAAUCAGAAAAGUAUGAUGAUGUGUCCCUUUCAUACCUCUUCCUAGCAAACAAUCUGCAAUUCAUCUUCGAGAAGGUAUGCACAACCAGGCUAAGGGUUAUCCUGGGUGAAGAUUGGGUGUCCAAGCAUGCCAACAAGCUUAGAAAAUAUGCUGCUAACUAUGAGACGAUUGCCUGGAAUGCGGUCUUCUCAGCCCUGCCGAGUAUGCCUCUAAAAGAGCUAUCACCAGAAGCUGCAGAAGAAUGUUUUCGCAGGUUUAAUGCAGCGUUUGAGGAAUCACACAGGAAACAGGUAUCUUGGAUUGUACCGAAUGAGAACUUGAGGGAUGCAUUGAAGGUAUCAAUAGCAAAGAAACUCGUACCUACAUAUAGAGAAGUUUAUGGCAGGUACGUUGGAGUGCUCAGUGCAGAAGACAACAGUUCAGGAGAGUUGGUGAUGUUUGGUCCAGAUGACGUAGAGAAUCACCUCUCUGAUAUGUUUCAUGGUUCUUCUGCAUCUGAUCAUGAAACUCAUCUCGAGGAUGUAUGUGACGAGGAAGUAGCAAUAGAAGUAAGAUUUCAGAGACAUUGUAUACUAUCCCCAUGGAAGAAAUUACGCAGCAUAUUAUUUGGCUGA